GUUACAUAUCGUGUGAGAAAAGUAAUAUUUGAGACAAAAGUUCAAGUUCAGCUACAACCAAACCAAAUAAUAAUUUAUUGUAAAGCAACUAAUUUGUAUGGGAACAUGUAUUAACAUUUGUACACGUGUAUAAUUUAUGCUGGUAUUUCCAGUUCGAGUACAUGUAAACUUGAAAUUUUCACACACACCUUCUCAAACUGGAAAUAAUUAUUUGAAGUAAAACAUUUCCAUGAAAUUAAUAAUGAUGAAAAUUAUGAAAACUGGCAAAUUUCUUAUAAUACAUAUAUUUGACAAAGUGAAUUGUACAAAAACCAGAAUCCACACAGAAGAAUCCACACCUGAUUAGAUUAUGAUUUUAUCUGCCAAGACACAUGUACAUAUGCACGCAACAUUCUUCAUCAAAUAAUAUCCACUUUUUUCUUUAACAAUACGACUACAAGAGUUGUUCUUCUUAGAGGUUGAUGAAAUCCAGUUUUGGUUCACUAGAAACAUCAAAUAAGGUCUUCACAUAUUAUUCUAUCAAUUCAGUUCAAACAAGCAUCUCCUUCAAUCCUCGCGUUAUCGUCGUCCUCGACGUCGUCGUCGUCGUCGCUCGUGUAAUACAGUAGUGGUUGACUUGUGGUUUGAUUUUCUUGGGGAAUUUCCAAUUAGGAAGUUACCACAAAAAUUUAUAAACAAAUUUCCGUAUUGCAAAUUUCAUUGAAUGAAUUUGAGAUUUUUUUUUGUAUUAUAUAUAUAAAUUUUCAUAUUGAGAAAAAUGAGAAAAUUUUAGUUAACAAAAAAUACAAAAGUGAGAGAAAUGAAGUAUAAAUUAGUUUUCAUAUGAAAAUUGUUUAACACAAAAAAUCAUCGGAGUUAAAAUUUUAUAAAGAAAUUUUAUGGAUAAAUCGGCUGAGCGUAUGCUGAUGCCUUUUGUGAUGGAAGACGAUAAUGAUCUCGAUGUUGAAAAAGGUCUCCGUCACUCAACGACCACACCCCCCACAACGUCCUCCCCAUCUUCAUCGCAACAUUCCAUCGUCGUGAGAGGGACACGUAUCCGAUUUCGCAUUCUUGGAAUCAUCGCCGUGACCGUGAUCCCGGUUUUUGCCAUUUUAUUCGUCAUGCUGCUCUCUGUGAUUAUCAUGUACACGAUCGUCCCCAUUCCAGAUAUUUACAUCGGAGGGAACAUUUCAGGUGUGGUAAAUGCAAGUUUGGGAACCUUGGGUCAUGCCGUCCUCACCCCGGACAUCAGCCUCAAGUUGAAACUUAUGCUCUAAUUUAUACGUGCAAGAAGAAAAGUUUGUUGUAAAUAAUAAUAAUUUUAUUGUGCCAAUAUUACACGAGAGAUAGCUAAUAUUAAAAAUAGGCUACAGAAAAAAUAACGAAUUUUAUAACAACGAUUUGAAUAAACAAAACUAUAAAAAGUCACAAAGAAUUUAUCAACAACGGAAAUGCGCAUAUAAAAUCUCAUCUCAAAUGACAGACUCAAGUUUCACUCGAUUCUCUAUACGCACAUUCACUCUCGUUUCAACUGUAAUAAUGAGACUGGAAUCGUUGAAAGGAUAUACGUCUUUUAUCAUAUUAAAUGUUUAUGAAUACGCUGACAAAAGUCAAUUGUCAAAUUUUACAGCUCUCUAAAACUACCUAAAUACAUCCAUUAAAAACACAUUUUUUAAAAACAAGUUUAAUUUAUAUAAUCUAUUCAGCUUGAUAAAAAUAUAUUUUUAUUAUCAGAAUAUCUACAAAGAUGACCACACCCUCUCACCACCACCACCAUCAGAAAUACCUCUUCCUAACCUUAAUAGCUAUAACAUUAGUAAUCUUAAUUUUCAAAUCUGUACCAAAAUAUACGGCAAACUUUUCAUUAAAUAAAUCAGUUGAUUCAGAUCACAUACUAAUUCCAAUGAUCGAUGUAAUGUCUGGCGAUCCAAUAAAGUUGAAUCAAGAUGAUCCCCGGAUAAAGAAGUUCAUUUGGGAUCAUGGAUAUUUAAUUGAACCGUCAAAAAAACCAUACAAUUUGAAACCAUCUCCGAAUGAGGAUCCGUCAAUGGGACAAGGACAAUUUAUUAGGAAGAUUUUCAAUAACAUGAGGGACGGAUUUUUUGUUGAAAGCGGUGCAUUAGAUGGACAGACCAGAUCAAAUACGUUAUAUUUAGAAAAAAAUCUCGGAUGGCAAGGAUUGUUAAUUGAAGCGGAUCCAUCCAACUACGAAUUGGUUUUAGACAAAAAUCGUAAAUCAUGGACUUCAAAUACUUGUUUAGCCACCAAAUCAUUUCCCCACAAGGUCUUGUUCCACCAACAAUUCAACACUGGUCGAAUAACAGCCAAUAAUUCAAACCUUGUUAAUAAAAAAGGCUACAAAAUCGUUCAAUGUUUCCCAUUAUUUUCCCUAUUAAACGCUUUAUCAAUUUCCACCGUGGAUUAUUUCAGCCUGGAUGUGGAAGGGACUGAAAUGGAACUUUUGGAAAACAUCCCAUUCGAUAAGAUUUUCAUUAAAACGCUAUCCGUCGAAUUUAGUCAUGUCCCCAGAGGGAAAAAUGCCCUCAAGAAAUUCAUGGAAGAAAAAGGCUACCUCACGGUUAAAGAAAUCACCAAUUCGAAAGGAUUAGCGAAUGAUUUUAUAUUUUUACACAAGACUUUAAAGCAUUUGUUAACUGAGGGAAAUUCAUGAAAAAUAAACAAUUUUGCUGUCAUACA